UUUUGGAGAUUUGGGGAGAGAAAACCUUGUGAACUCAGGAGGAUCCAACUAUUUAAAUCUUUUCAACUUGAGGAAAACGAUUGAGAAAGUUUGAAGAUCUCUGAUAUACUGACUUCUGAAUGUGUGGAACUCAAUUGAAGGUAGAGGCAUCACAACCAACUAUGAAGACCAGCAUCCUAUUUAUGCUCCUGUGGACUUUAUCCUGUGCUCUCCCAGUGGCCAGGCACCAAAAUGCUGAAUCUGGAGAAACUGGAGCACUGGAUCCGUUGGCUCAAUUAGCAACACCAUCCCCGGGAAGCAGUGAGUCAUCAGAAGAAAGUAAAGUUAGCUCAGAGGAACAGGUAAACGAUGACCCCAGUGACAGUGCAGAAACGGUGGAGCACCUGGAUUCUGCUGAUGGCCAAUAUAUUUAUAGACCAGCUGGUGGCCUCGCUAAAAGUGCAGGAACUGGAGGCCAUGAUAAGGAAGAUGAUGAAGAUGACAGUGGAGAUGACACCUUUGGUGACAAGGACCCUGGCCCAGGGCCUGAAGAGGGACAAGAAGGAGGAAUCUCCAGGCUUGACAGCGAUGAGGAUUCUGCUGACACCACACAGUCCCGCGAAGACAGCACCCAAGACACCACCAGUGAGGAGCUGAACAGCAGGCUUGAAGGAGGAGACUCCACCCAGGACAGUGAGAGUGAGGAGACCCAUGUUGGAGGCAUCAGUGAAGGGGAGAGUAGCCAUGGUGAUGGCUCUGAGUUUGAUGAUGAAGGAAUGCAGAGUGAUGAUCCAGACAGCAUGAAGAGUGAGAGAGGCCACUCCAGGAUUAGCAGCGCUGGUGUCAGGCCCAAGGGGUCCAAAGAGGUCAGCGAGCAGUUGAGCCCUCGGGACUCAGGCCACAUCCCAUCAGUAGAGUAUCCCAGCAGGAAGUUUUUCAGUAAAUCUCGAAUUUCUGAGGAAGAUGGUAGACAUGAGCUGGCUGAGAGCCGCUCUAGGGAGGAAGUCCAGAGUGACUCGGUGGGGGACGCUGACUCCAAGGUAGCUGGCCUCAGCCAAUCCCGGGAGGACAGCCAGAAUGACUCUCAGGAGGACAGCCCUCAGACUCAGUCUCAAGAAGACAGUCAAGAUGUCCAAGAUUCCAGCAGUGAGUCCAGCCAAGAAGAUGACCUGCCAUCUCAGGAAAGCAGCAGUGAAUCUCAGGAGGAGGUGGUGAAUGAGUCUAGGGGAGACAACCCAGACUACACCAGCCAGACAGAACAGAGAGACAGCAACUCCAGCGAAGAGGCGAGCUUUCAUACCUUCUCCAGCUCAGAGAGCGAAUCCAGAGAGGAGCAAGCAGACAGUGAGUCCACAUCAUCAGAAGAGAGCCCAGAGUCCAGCGAGGAUGACAACAGUUCCAGCCAAGAAGGCUUGCAGUCUCAGAGUGCCUCAGCAGAGAGCCAGAGCCCCGAGAGCCAGUCCGAGGAAGAAGCUGACAGUGACUCUCAGGACAGCAGCAGAUCGCAAGAGAGCAGCUCCAGGGAGAGCACAUCGAGCAGCGAGGAAGAUGGCCAGCCCAAAAACAUGGAGGCGGACAGCAGAAAACUCACUGUGGAUACGUAUCACAACAAACCCAUUGGGGACCAAGAUGACAAUGACUGCCAAGACGGCUACUAGCAUCUGCUUUCCUCAGAUAUGGCUCACACAGAAAGAGGGCUUGAGAAUAGGGACAACUAUAAUUUAUUGAUAUUUUGAUCGAAAGGAUAACCAGUGGCCAUUUCUUUCUGAAAGGAAUAGCUGGACGUUACUUGUUUCGUAGGGAGUCACUGUCUCAUGAGAAUUUACAUAGUAUGGAAGGACACGAGGACACAGUCAAGAAUGGAAGCUUCUGAGCUGAAAGAGCUCCUAACUCAUUCAUUACCCACUGAAUAGUUAUUAAUAUUCUAUUAGUCACCAGGCAUUGUGCUAGAUGCUGGAGAGAGGGGGAGGGGAUUAAUGAAGCUCUAGACCUGUUUCUUGCUCCUGAGGAGCUUAGAGAGAGAGAGAUAAGCAAAGCUAAAAAAUGGAAGAGGGAUACAGGUGAGGGUAAGAAGCAUUGUAGAGAGCCACAUAGUAAAUGCCAUAGCAGGAUGAAUAAAAUAUAAGAGAGCACCAAAAGCGGUGAUCCAUGUUGUCCCAGGGAAUUAAUGGGCAGCACAGUGGAAAAAGCCAUGGGAGUUGGAGAGCUGAGAAGGAUUUCUCCAAUGAAGAUAACAGAAUCCUAUUUAUUCUUCAGAUAAACAAUAAUCAAUCAUAUUCUUUGAUGUUAAUUUUGUAAAAGUACUUUCAACAAUGGCACAAUGGGGUGUUUUUGGAUAUACAACCUCUUUCCUCUCCCGUGCUUUGUGUGGACCUUCCCUGGCAGAUCACCUGGCAAUGAUCUAGUCAAGCUUAAGGGGAGAGAGCUCCCUCUUUACAGAGAGGGUUUUUAGUGAUAACUUUCCCAAAAUCAGUUUUAUGUACAAUGUUGGAAAAACUGUUCCCUCUAGUUUUCAUAUUUGUUACCCACAGAAAAGUUCUGUAUAUAUGAUUCAACUAAUUCGAAGAGUUACCUCAAAAGAAAGUAUUUGUUUUAUAAUAAAGACAGU